AUGUCUCCAUUCUGCCUAGUUUUUGGGAAAGCGUACUACCUCCCAUUAGAGAUAGAACAGAAGGCAUAUUGGACUAUGAAACGGUUGAACAUGGAUUUGAAGGCCGUCGGUGAAAAGUGUUUAUUGCAGCUUAAUGAGUUAGAUGAAUUCAGGAUGGAAGCAUAUGAAAACUCGAAACUUAUUAAAGAAUGCAUCAAAAAGUGGCAUGAUCUACAUAUUCAGAGAUCAAGGUGGUCGGUUCCUUACACUGUCACUAAAGUUCUACCAUAUGGAGCUAUACAAGUCAAUCAUGAAACAAAAGGAACGUUCACAGUUAAUGGGCAAAGGUUGAAACACUACUCGGACAAGGACUUCUCCAAGCAAAAGUCCACUGUUCAACUCGGAAAUGCCUAA